AUGUCGGGAAAGGAAGGUUCUUUUGAGGCAACGGAUCUGUUUAGAAGAAUGAAAGGGGAGAGGACUAAGCCAAGUGAGUUUACAAUGGUGAGCUUGUUAAAUGCAUGUGCUUGCUUAGGAGCACUUAGACAGGGAGAAUGGAUUCAUGAUUAUAUAGUAAAGGACAACUUUGCGUUGAAUGCUAUUGUUGUUACAGCAAUUAUAGACGGUGCUCCAAGCCUAGCUAUGAAUGGCCGUGAGAAUGAAGCGGUCCAAUUAUUUUCAAUGCUUGAGUCUUCAAAUGGCAAACCGGAUCAUAUCAGUUUCCUAGGUGUCUUGACGGCUUGUAAUCGCGGUGGCAUGGUGGACAGAGAAACGGACUAUUUCUUGUUAAUGACAGAAACAAUCAAGAUCGAACUAUCGAUAGAGCAUUAUAGCUGUAUGGUUGAUGUUCUAGACCGAGCUGGACUCCUCGAAGAGACAGAAGAGCUAAUAAGAAGCAUACCUGUAAAUCCAGGUGCCGUUAUACUGGGGGGCCUUUACUCUCCACUGCAGGAAGUACGGAAAAUUGAGAUGGCGAAACGAGCAGUGAAGCACGUGACUGACUGA